UUUCUUGCCAAACACUAAAUCUUAUUGUGAACUCUUGCUAUUUCUUACGUUUGCCUGCAGCUGACAAGAAGUACGGAAAAAUUUUGGUUUUGAUAAAAUGGAUUUCCUCAAUAUGCAUUUAAACUCUAAUUUUUUUCUGCAUCUCUGCAUUUUGACUGUUUAUGUUUCUACCGCUAACAUCGUGACAAAGUGUGGCAUCCCAGAAUGCAUUUCAGCCAAAGUCUCUUCUCCUUCCUAUAAUGUUAUGAAAAUGAACAACAAGCCCCUGAAGACCAAUGUAACAGGGUUUUAUCUUAUCCCUCCAGUAUCAAACGAAUGCUACCUCAGGACCUCAGAUAUAAUGGAAAGUUAUCACUUCGAUGGACACCAAAUGGUCGGUGUGUUGGUUUUACGGUGUUCCUCCAGAGCUAUAAUUCAUCUUAUACCUGAUGUAAGACCAAAAUAUUCAAAUGUGUUAUUUCAGAUUCAGAUAGAUAAAUGUCUUCUCACUACGGACAGUUUAAACGCCAUCAGUCAGAGGGUAAAGAUCAACCAUUUAUCAUUUAUUGACACGUAUCCCCUGGUGAGCCACUCAUACUGUGAUGGGUCUAGCGUAGUCAACGCAGACUGUGGAUUCUGGAGUUCUGCCACAGCUAUCGGCAUUAUUCUUCCGCAGAACCUAAAUUCCAUUAAUAUUUCAAGACUUUUCUGGUGCAACGGAACGUUUCCUAACAUUAAACAAUUACUUUUUCGAAGAUGGGACUUAAAUAAUCAAGAUCUUCUCUACCUCAAAACAAGAUUUCCAAACUUACAAGAUUUGCAAAUAUCGGAUUCCUCUCUGAAAGUACCGCCUUCAUUUCCUUGGAAUAAUGAAACCUUCAGAUUUAACAAUAAUAUGUCGUAUUCAGAGACUGGAUUUUACGACUCAGCAUCGGUCUUCAACAUUGAAAUCGAACCAAACAUUUGGAAGCGUGUGCUAAACUUGAACUCAAAUAACACACAGGUUUUGACAAAUUUUAUGUUUGAUGGGCAUCUAGACAUGUUAAAGCUUUCAAGGAAUGGACUUAUGUCUGUAGGACCAUUCACUUUUUCCAGAAUAAAAGGUCUUCAGCAUCUCGACCUAAGCGAGAAUUUAUUAUCAGACAUUCCUGCCAAUAUUUUCCGCGGCCUCACACGCCUCAGGCACAUAAAUCUUCAUGCCAAUCUCCUGUCCAUUAUUCCUGAUGAGAUGUUUUAUGAUAAUACAGAGCUUGUCUACCUUGACCUUUCAAACAACAGCAUAACAAUAAUUGGGUCAAAUGCUUUCUCAAGAUUACAUCAUCUAGAAGACUUACGACUUGAAUAUAACCGUAUUGUCACAAUCAGUUACUCCAUGUUUCCAGCAUAUUCUGUAUCUUUUCAGUCUUUGACACUUGAUGGUAAUCCAAUGAAAGAAUUACCUGAGGCAAUUUUCUAUUUCAAAACUUUGUAUGAUGUUAGUCUCCGGUAUACUAAUAUCGACUUUAAGAACUUUACGCAAAUGUUACUUGAUUUAGAUUUUUCUCUCCUGGCAGAAGGAAACGCACAAGGUCAGACAACAACAGAAGAUGAAUUGCUAACGAGAUCUCCUCGGAAAUUGAAAAGGAUUGACCUCACCGGCAGUAAAAUAAAUAAUCUUCAUCUUAAGUAUUUUGGGACUGAUAUCUCUACUAGAAAUUCUGCUGUACUCAGAAUGAAACUCCUUAUGCUACUGAAAUAUUUUCAUCUGAUUCUUACCGACAAUCCAAUAAACUGUGAUUGUAAAAUUAACCAUCUAACUAGAUUUAUAAAAUAUGCCCUAGCUAAAGGUUUUCUACGAGGAAACGAAUAUUUCUUUAACGACUGGAAGUGUUCUAAUCCAAAAGAACUAAGAUAUAUACCGGUAACGCAAGUUCCAGAAGCAGAAACCUACUGUCCCAAAGACAUAGCUAAUUGCCCGGUUGAAUGCUCAUGCUACGAACGGUCUAUCAGCGGCGUCACUAUUGUUGAUUGUCGAAAUGUCGGACUGAGAGAACUUCCUAGAUCACUUCCAGAAGGAAUUUUAGACUUGUGGUUUCAGAACAACAACAUUUCAACUCUUACACGAGAGGAAUAUCUCCCCAGAACUCGACAACUUUUACUAACUGGAAAUAAAAAUAUUAGAAUUAAUACAAAUUUACUUCAAAAUCUUCAUAUCUUAAAAAUUACCACAUAAUAUUUGUAUAAUAUGCUUUACUUCUUAUGAGUUGUCGUAAACGGGUAAUACUAUUAUUGAAAUUAUCAUUCAUUUUCUGUGAGAGAGAUGUUUAUUUCUGAUUUGUACAUGUAUGUUUAUGGUUUUAUCUAAUGUGUUUGAAGACAUGAAGUGUGUGAAAUCAGUGUCGUGAAAUAUAGUGAAAAGAAUACUCAAAAUGUAGUUUUAUGCAUAACUCAUCAUUUGCAUGUUAUCAUAACCUUAUUUAAUUUUUUAAAUCUAUUUCAGGUAUGCAUUUUGAAUAAAAUGUGUUUUUCUUUA